CACUUGAAUACUUUCCCACUUCCCGAACUCGAGUAUGGACUCCUUCCCUCGCUUCGUCACUCUCUUCUCCCUCUCUCUCCUCCUCCUCGCUUCCUCCGCAAACCCUAACCCUAACCCUAAUCCUUCUCGAUCGUUCCAUCGAUCUCCUCGCCGAUUCGCCGCCGACCUCAUCAGAGAUCUCAACUUGUUCCCUGGACUCCGGGGGUUCGACGGGGGCGAUAACGAGGUCGAAGAUGGGGCAGCAGCGUCUUCGAGCCCUCGGAUAGUCGAGAAGAAGCUUAAUCUUGACGUACUGGGACAUAUCGGAUCCGAUGUUUCGGUGGAGGAGCUCGGGCAUCAUGCUGGAUACUAUACCCUCGAGCAUACUCAUGCUGCCAAAAUGUUCUAUUUCUUCUUUGAAUCACGAGGCAGCAGCAGCGACCCUGUUGUCCUUUGGCUGACUGGUGGUCCUGGUUGCAGCAGUGAAUUGGCCCUUUUUUAUGAAAAUGGACCUUUCCUUAUUGCUGAUAAUAUGUCACUAAUCUGGAAUGACUAUGGAUGGGACAAGGUAUCAAACCUCAUAUAUGUCGACCAGCCAACUGGUACUGGAUUUAGUUACAGUACAGACUUACGCGACAUUCGUUAUGAUGAGAAGGGUGUAAGCAAUGAUAUAUAUGACUUUUUACAGACAUUUUUCAAAGAGCAUCCAGACUACCUGCAUAAUGACUUCUAUAUUGCUGGUGAAUCAUAUGCUGGACACUAUAUCCCUGCUACUGUUGAGAGGGUCCGUCGUGGAAACAAAGAAAAGCAAGGCCUGCAUUUAAACUUAAAGGGUUUUGCUAUAGGCAAUGGCCUCACUGAUCCUGCAAUUCAAUAUGGAGCAUAUGCUGACUAUGCAUUUGACAUGGGUCUAAUUAGCCAAACUGCCCAUGACACAAUCAAUAAGAUUUAUCCUUUGUGUGAACAUGCAAUUCGACUUUGUGGUCCUAAAGGGGUUAUAACAUGCGCCGCAUCCUAUAUUGUUUGCAACACUAUCUUCACUUCCAUUAUUCUGCUUUCUGGAAACAUAAACUAUUAUGAUAUUCGAAAGGAAUGUGAAGGAAGUCUCUGUUACGAUUUCUCAAACAUGGAUAAGUUUUUAAACCAGCAGUCUGUCAGAGAUGCUCUUGGUGUCGGCAACAGGAAAUUUGUAUCGUGUAGUCCCAUUGUCUACGAGGCUAUGAUAACAGAUUGGAUGAAGGAUCUUGAAGUUGGUAUUCCUGCUCUGCUUGAAGAUGGCAUCAAACUGUUGGUGUAUGCUGGUGAAUAUGACCUCAUAUGUAACUGGUUGGGGAAUUUCAGGUGGGUUAAUUCCAUGGAAUGGUCUGGUCAUAAAAUCUUUGCAGGAGCUCCUAUGUUACCAUUUACUGUUGACGGCACUGAGGCAGGAUCUUUAAAAACAUACGGUCCUCUAAGUUUCCUCAAAGUACAUGAUGCCGGUCACAUGGUUCCCAUGGACCAGCCUAAGGCAGCAUUAGAAAUGCUAAAGAGGUGGACAGGUGGGAACCUGGGUGGUGAGUCGAGCACUCCGGUUGCAGAGAUGUAGACAUAAGCUCUUCUAUCAUAACUGCUUAACAUAUCGAAAAGCUUUCCUGUACUAUUUCAUUGCCUUAACGCUCACAACACACACUUUAGCGAAGAGAGAGAUUAUCUGAGUUCUGAACCGUGUAGAUGUUGUGCCUGGCUUGAAUAGUUGUAUAUAGUGGUGGUAUGCAUAAAAUGGUAUGGGUGUGCAUAUAUCUGCACUGCUGUUCAGCUGUUAGCCCGUGUAAAUAUUGCACUUCAAUAUGUUGAUGAGUGCUACUUGAGAACUUA